CCAGGCUAGCGCGGGGUGUGCGUCGGCGUCGCGGCCGGCGGAGGCAUUCUGGGUAACGGCCCCGGCCGGCUGGGGCGGCUGGCUCCGCGCAGCAGGUUCCACUCGCGCCAAGUCCCUUGGCAGUGACGCUUCUAGGGCUGGGGCCCCCCGGACAUGGAGCAGCCGUGGCCGCCGCCGGGACCUUGGAGCCUCCCUCGGGCCGAGGGUGAGGCUGAGGAAGAGAGCGACUUGGACGUGUCCCCCAGUUCUCCCCGCUGCCCGCAGCUGCCGGGCGGCGGCGCGCAGAUGUAUAGCCAUGGAAUUGAACUGGCUUGUCAAAAGCAGAAAGAGUUUGUGAAGAGCUCUGUGGCGUGCAAAUGGAAUCUCGCUGAAGCUCAGCAGAAACUUGGUAGCCUAGCCCUGCAUAACUCUGAGUCCUUGGAUCAGGAACAUGCCAAAGCACAAACAGCAGUAUCAGAGCUAAGGCAACGUGAAGAAGAAUGGCGGCAGAAAGAAGAGGCUCUAGUACAGAGAGAGAGAAUGUGUCUGUGGAACAUGGAUGCCAUUAGCAAGGAUGUUUUUAACAAGAGUUUUAUUAAUCAAGAUAAAAGAAAAGAAAUAGAAGAUGAAGAUAAAUCAAAAUCAUUUAUGCAGAAAUAUGAACAAAAAAUCAGACAUUUUGGUAUGUUGAGUCGAUGGGAUGAUAGUCAGAGAUUUUUGUCUGACCAUCCAUACCUUGUAUGUGAAGAGACUGCUAAAUAUCUUAUUUUAUGGUGUUUUCAUCUAGAAGCUGAGCAGAAAGGGGCUCUAAUGGAACAAAUAGCACAUCAGGCUGUUGUAAUGCAGUUUAUUAUGGAAAUGGCCAAAAAUUGUAAUGUGGAUCCAAGAGGGUGUUUUCGUUUAUUUUUCCAGAAAGCCAAAGCAGAGGAAGAAGGUUAUUUUGAAGCAUUCAAAAAUGAACUUGAAGCUUUCAAGUCAAGAGUCCGACUUUAUUCUCAGUCACCAAGUUUUCAGCCUAUGACAGUUCAGAAUCAUGUUCCCCAUUCUAGUGUGGGAUCUAUAGGUUUGUUAGAAUCCUUACCACAGAAUCCAGAUUAUCUUCAGUAUUCUGUCAAUACAGCUCUUUGCAGUUUAAACUCAAUGGUACAUAGAGAAGAUGAUGAAUCCAAAAUGAUGGACACUGUAUGAUUUGGUUAAGACUGCUGAGGCCAAGUACUAUUUUGUUACAAGAAAGGAAGAACUUGGCUAUUUUCUUGACACUUUUAUGGGUGCUGCACUUUAUUUUUGUUCGGUUUUGAUGGGAGGGGAAAAAAGAGUACUGAAACGUUUUGUAAAAUUUUUUUUAUGUGCUGCUAGGUUUUUUGAUUUUUUUUCGGAAGAGAGGAGUGGUACCAUAUGUUGAAGUCAAACUGGACUUUUUUUUGGCUACUAAAUUUGCCUUUAAUCUUAUUGUUCUCAGUUUUGGAAUCAAAGUAUGAAAAUCUGCACAAAUGCAAUGUUUACAAGAACUGGUUGAUUCUAGGAGGCAUCUGCUACAGUCUCUUUUUAUAUGGAUAUGUACAUGUCCUACUCUACAAAAAUGAUUAAAGAUAAAAAUGUACUUGUAUCCUACUGCUAAUUUAGCUGUCAAAUCUGGUGUUUCAUCAUAUUAAAAGCAAUAAAUCAGUAGUUGAUAAUCUA